AUGACAACUGAAUUUGAUGAGCGACGGAAAGAAUUAUUGGAGCUAAACUCAAAAUCCUGGGCAGGAGAAUAUGAAUUUCCUCUUGCAACCAAGUUGGAUUCAUCAUUGAAGAAAAAUUCAACAUUCAUCAAAAAGGUCAAAACUGGACUAAACCAGGAACAAUACUCUAAUGUGUUGAAGGACAUCAGCUCCGUUUCGAUAGAGAAGUAUUUGUCAGAAGUUAUUGUAUCACUUGUGGAGGGAUUAUGCAAGGUUUCCAAAAAUGAUGAAAUCAAUGCAGCAGUGGAGGUUGUAUCUGCAUUACACCAGAGGUUUGGCAAACAGUUUACCGGUCAUUUGUUGAAUGAAAUAUUGGUUCUUUUGACGAACCCAUCGCAAGCAGAAGUGGCAGAAAAGGAAGACUCAUCUCGUUUAUCCCGACAAAAGAAUUUUAUGCGUUUGAUGGGAGAGUUUUAUAUCGUAGGUGCUUUGCAUACGGGUGCCGACUUCUUGGAUGUUUUGGACUCCAAAGUGAUUAAAGGCUUUUCGUUAGAUAAAAAGAGAAACGAACCAUUAUUGACUUUGUUGUUGAAGUAUUUACUAAACUUUGAGCUAGAACUGGGAAGGAGCUUGAGUAUAGUGCAAUCGUUUUUGAAAAGAUUUGGUCAUAUCAUCUUUAGUGACAGUGAACUAUUGCCUCUGGAUACCAGGCGUGUGCUAAAGCAAAUAUUUUACAUUUACACGGAGGCUGUCUUUGGCAUCAUGAUGAAGGUCAAAAAGCAGGUGCAAAAACUAGAUGUGCGUAACAAAAAGGCGUCCAUAAGAACUGGGCGAAUUCAGGAAGAGGAGCAAUCUGAAUUGGAUGAAAAGAUAAAGUUGUUUGAGCAAUUUAAGAAUGUUGCAACUUUUCUAUCUCACGUGUGCAACUUGCCUUUGCCAGAUGACUUGAACGAUGAAGUGGAGGAAGGACACGAGAAGGACGCCUCUGUUGAAGUGGUAAAGCUGACUGCAAGUGCUGAAGACGAUCAAUCUGGCAUUUGGGAGGACCUUAAGGAAAAAAACUUUUAUAUGGUCAUUCCGCUGUUGGGUGAGUUAUUGGAAGCCCACCCGGAAAGUUUGGAACAUAAAUCCGCGCAGUCCCAUAAAGAUGGAGAAAAGAUUCAAGAGUUCUUGGACAGAUUGAAAGAUGUUAGGGGCAACAAUUUGGAGCAGCUAGUUGUUGAGUUCAAUAAUUUGAACUUGAACAACAAAGCCACAAAGAACAGAAUUAUGCGAUUUUUCAUUGAGACGUCUACAGUGAAUAAUCUCAAGUAUUACACCCGAUUUUUGAAAAUCAACGAGCUUAAUUUAUCCGAAUUGAUUGAGGAGUUGAUUACAUAUUUGGAUAAAGGGUUCCGAUCUCAAAUCCAUCGAAAUAAGCUUAACGUGAAGAACAUUUUAUUUUUCGUCGAACUAAUCAAAUUUAAAAUGAUACCAAAGCACGUUGUGUUUCACAAAAUUCGCAGUUUGACGUUGAACAUCACCUCGACAAAUAACAUCGAAAUCUUGACUGUAUUCUAUGAACAUGUGGGAAGGUUCUUGCUACACGAUCCAGAUAGCAAGGAGUUGAUGCGAGAAAUGAUUGAUUUGCUAAGGGAAAAGCUGAAGCAGUCAAACUUGAAUGUAAAUGACAAGUUGGCCAUUAAUAAUUUGUUAAUCACCGUCGAGCCUCCAGUCACAAAAGUACAGACAUUUAGAACGGGCCCGGAGCUAUCUCCAAAACAGAUUUUUAUACAAAAAAUAUUUAGAGAGGAGUUGAAUCCAGGUACAAGGUCUCUUGUUGUGAAGCGAUUCAGGGCCAAAUUUUGUCAGCUUGGCAAUGCUGAAUACAAAACUAUGCUCGAUUGCUUCUCCAAGCCACAUUUGGUAAACUACGACAAUAUCCCUACGCUUGCAAGAAUUUUACUGGCGUUUGGAGAAAAGAACGAAUCUUUGGUCGUUUGUUCUGUUGACACUGUACUCGAAGACAUUAUUCGUGGUUUGGAAUUGAAUGACUUUAGGAUGAAUAGAACUCGAAUGGCGCAGGUAAAGUAUUUGUCAGAGCUAUAUAACUCAAAGGUGAUCAAUUUCAGGCUCAUUAAUGAUAUGUUGUACCGAAUCGUUUGCUAUGGUCAUCCUCAAAAUCGACCAUUGCCCGAAAAUUGGGAUGUUGAGAUUGACUUGCCAAAUAACUACUUCAGAGUUCAAAUGUGUUGCUUGUUGUUAUUAUCGCUUAGAUCCAUAUUUGUGGAUACUGAUGUUGGCAAAAGGAAAUCGCCAACUCGUGCUGCAAGUAUCAAGAAAAGAAAUGAUAUCAACAAGGACCUUUUGGGUGUGUUUAUGACAUUCUUUCAGUACUACAUGUACUGUAAAGAGUCGCCUUUCCCUGUGGAUGUCAGAUUCAAAUUGGAUGAUUUAUUCAAGAAAUACAAGAGCAUUGCUACAGUGAAAAGAUACGACACUAUACAAGAAGUACUUACAAGCUUGGGCGGCGCAAUGCAGAAAAGGAAGGAAGCAGAGUCUUUGUUGUUGGAGGAGGAGGAGGAGGAUGAAGUGGCAGAAAUUGAAGCGAAUAAGACAGCUAUCUCUGCAAAUGUCAGCUCAGACGAGGAUAGUGGUGCUGACGAUGAUGACAAUGAUGAUUAUGAUGAUGAUGAUGAUGACGGCGGUGAAGCAGAGGGAGACUUCGACGAGGAUGAUGAGGACGAAAGCGAUGCUGAGGAGAGUGAUGGCGAUGGCGAUAGUGACGAUGAAGAUAGUGGCGAGUCAGAGGAAGAAGAAGAAGAAGAAGAAGAAGAUGAUGAUGAUGACGAGGAUUUAUCCAGGGUUCCCUCUUCUGAAAAUAAUAUUUCAGAGGCGGAACGGGCCAGAAUUGAAGCCGAGCAGAAAUUCCAAGAGGAUUUGGAUCGAGAAUUUCAAAAAAUUAUGAUUGAGUCGUAUGGAUCAUCACAACAGCAACAACUACUGCUGCUGUUGCAGCUGCAGCUCCUGGCAACGCAACUGACUAAAGCGCCCUCUUUUAGACAGUCGCUCCCCCUUCCGAGUCAGCUUCGACUUUCAGAGAGAUCCACUGGUGGUGGCGCUACAAAGCACGGAACCGUGGCAUUUGGUUUGUUGACCAAGAAUGGCAAAAACCAAAAAAUCAAGCAACUCAAUUUACCGUCUGAUAAUGUAUUUGCUGAGUCUGUUGUUAGAGAGCAAGAAAACCGUAAACGCGACAAGGAAAGGAUUAUGAACCUUGCGUCGAGGAUGGAUGGCUGA